ACUCAUCGUGCAUUAGUUAACGCUCGUGUUUUGUAUAUUUUCAACGUGAUCUCGUCUUUGCUUUCCAGUAAGCCCGUAAAUGUCAACAAAGAUAACAUUUAUGAAAAUUCUUAUAUACCAAACAGACUUUUGACAUUAAGUUUACUUGCAGAAAAUUAAUUCAGCCGGACUUCGAUAUAGAAGCGGCCAAGACGAAAAGAAAGACUUCCAGCAUGAUUAAUACAAAAGUGAACCCGUUGGAUCUGCAAAAAAGAAUAGAAUUAUUGAAAGGCGAGGAAAAAAUCACGGAACAGUUUCAUAAAUUAUCGAAAGAAUAUAAACUUAGCAGACGAGUGAAAAACGACGUGAAAAAACUUUUACAGCAUUUUCUUGAAAAAUUGGCCGAAUCCGAAACCAACACUCUUAAUGGACUCUCUCACAUGGUUUUGAGUUUCUACAAAACUACAGAAGAGCAUAUGGCCAAUAAUUCUGUGUAUAAAUCUUUGUCGUACGAAGACAAGUGGAAAAUUUUAUACAUGAUGGAGAAAUAUUUAACUGCUAGAUUAAAUAAGGUUAUAUUUCAAUGUAUUACUUUCGAAGAGAGCGAAAACGAUGCCGCAAUUCAAAAAAGAAUUCACGAUCAUUAUUGGAUAACUCCGAAACAUCUGGAUUCGAAAGUAAACUUGGAAGCCGUGAGAGACAUUUUGGAUUUAGCCGUAUCGGAUUUAAACGAAAUGAAUUUUAAGAGUUCCACACUGGAUAAAAUCGAUUGCGUUGUCGAAUGCAGUAGAAAGAUAUACGACAUAAUGAAAACUUGUUCGCAGGUAGAAGGAGGAGCGGAUGAUUUUCUCCCGAUAUUCAUAUUCGUAGUCCUAAAAUCGAAUCCACCGUAUUUAAUAUCAAAUCUAAAAUACAUAGAGAAUUUCAGCUAUCCCCAUCGAUUGUUAAGAGAGGAAGAAGGAUAUUACUACACCACACUGCUUUGCGCUGUGAAUUGCAUCGAGUGUUUUUCGGCCAAAAAUUUAAAUCUAAGUCCAGAAGAAUACGAUAAAUAUCUUUCGUCGAAGACCGUGCCGUCGAGUCCAGCAGAAUUUGUGACUCGUAAUAACAUUAACUGUCUUAACGAUUUGAAAUUUCGUAAAGAAAAAGUUUUAGACGAUGCCAAACAAAAUACGAACGAAUUGAAGCAAAGCUUGUCGAAAUCCGUUAACGACAUUUUCCACGUGUCGUCUGUACAGCCCGUUACGCUAUUAUACCACGAACACGAAACUUCUAUCGAAGAAGGAAUAGAAAUCGACGAGUUUUACACUCCAUUCUCUAACAUCGAAGACGUGCUUAAUGAAUACGUAAUAAUAGACGAAAUCCCGGAAAUUUCGUGAUGUCUACCAGGGAAAAAUUCCGAUCGAAAUACCGAAAGCGACUCUCUAAGAAUCUCGUAGAAUCUCUAAACUUACGCACGGUUAUUUUAUUUUAUUAUUUAAAUUUUGUUUUUUUUGUAUUAUAACGCGUAGCUCGGUUAAAUGUUAGGCUCGAGUAAAAAGAUGUAAAAAUCCUGUAUCCGGGUCUCUUUUUAAAGUCGAUUAACUUAAAAAUUGUGAUAUGUAAAUAAAGUAGAGCCUCGAUUAUCCGACCCCUCGGUUAACCGACCGUCCUAGUCAGCAAAUUUCAAAU